AUGGAAUAAUUAGCUGAUUAAUUGAUCAAUUAGAAUUAAUACGAAGAAGCAUUCGAUCUUUAUCAGUAAUGUGAAUAAUCAUCCCCAAUACUGAUAAAACAAGCCUAACUGGCCACCAAGAUUGGACUAUUUAAACAGGCCAUCAACUUUUAUUAAUUGGCAUAUCAAAAAGGAGAGAAAAGGAAUGAACUGCUAAUCAAGAUAGGUAAACAUUAAAGAAUACAAGCACAUAAGGGAAAUUGUAAACUCAAAUAGGCAACUAUACUUAGGCCAUCCAAACUUAUAACCAAAUCUUGAAUGUUGAUGAAAACAAUCCCAUAGCUAUGGGUGAAUUAGGUUUAAACUUAAAAUAUGAUAGGAUAUACUCUUUACUGCAAGGAGGAUCAUGUAUAAGCUAUCUCUCAAUUUACAAAAUGCUCCAAAUAUAUUUCUAUAGUUCCUAAAUUCCUUAGUAAAUUAGGAGAAGAACUUAAAAGUGAAUAUAAAUAUAAUACUGCCAAACUCUACUAUUUGACAGCCUAUUAGAUUAAAAAGGACUUUAAAGAUUCUCUAUUUGGAUUGAUUGACACUUGUCUUAAACUAGAAGAGUAUGAAUAGUCUUUAUAAUAUUGCCAAAUUCUUUUGUAAUUGGAUCCUAAUUGUAUUAUAGCAAAUUUAAGAAAAUGUAUGUAAUUUAUAAUCUUGAAGUAAAACUAAAGAUCCUCACUAAUAAGAUUGAAGAAGCUGAACAAGUAGCUAAUUAAUUAGAUGGAGUUCCUCUUAAUUAUUAGACUGAAUAUUAAUUGGUUGACUUGAAAGGCUUAAUACUAUUUAAGAAAUAAUAAUAUUUGGAUUGCAUAGCUUACCUAAAAGAUUUCAUAGAAUAAGACCAAUAUUAAAUAAAAUUGAUAGUCACCGUGGCUAAAUGCUAUUACAAGCUUGAAAGAUAUGAAGAGGCGCUCAAUCAAUUGGAAAUGGUAUUUGAUGUUUAUCAGCAUUAUUAUCCAGCAUUAUAAUUGUAGUGUAAAAAUACAUUCUUUGCUUAGAUGA